GCCCUAACUGGAAACAGUAUUCUACCCCUGAGUUCUCCUUGUGUGCUGUCUGCCUUUCCUGAUUGCCUGUCUUUGGGAUCUCCACUGAGAAUUCUGGGUGCAGGCAGCAGGGCUCUUAUCAUGGCUUCCUGGAAAGUCUGUAUGCUUGGCCUUCUUCUGGUCCUGCUCUGUUCAUUCCAGCUUCCUAGAACACAGGGUCAGCAACACAAUCACCACAGCGAUGUAGAAUACCAUGGAAAUGAACAUCAUCAUCCCAAAGAGCAUCACCAUGACGCACACCAUUAUCAACAUACCAAAGAUGAUGGUGCUGAUGAUGGCCAUGCUCACCAUCAUGCUGCUCAGUAUGCUGGACAUUACCAAGGAAGUCAUAAUUCUCAACAUGAUGAUGAUGAUGAUAAUGAAGAGGAACACCAUCAUCCUCAUAGUACAGAUCAUCACAUUGACCAUCACCACCAUGAUGAUAGUAAUGAUGAUGAUGAUGAUAAUGACAGCCAGAGUAAGCACCAUCAUGAUAAACAUCAUGGAAAUCAACAUGAUGGUGAUGAUGAUGACCAUUAUCAUCAGGGACAUCAUGAAGACCACCAUCACCAUCACAGUGACAAAGAGAGACACCAUCAUGAAGACCAUCAGCAUCAAGAAGACAAUAAUGAUGAAGAUGAUGCUGAACACCAGCACCACUAUCAUCAUCAAAUGCAUGAUGAUGAUGAUGAUGAUGAUAAAGAUGAUGAUGACAGUCAGUCACAUCAUGACUAUCACAGCCACCACCACCACCACCAUAAAGAUGAUGACAGUGAUGACAAUAAUGAUAAUGAAGAUCAACAUCACAAUUAUAGACAUCAUGGAGAUCAUGACAAUGAUGAUGAUGAUGACAAUGAUGAUGACGACGACGAUGAUGAUGAUGACAAUGAUGACGAUGACAACAAUGAUGAUGUUCGUCAUCAUCAACGCCAUCACCAAAAGCAUGCUGCUGCUAAUGAUGAUGAUAAGCAUCACCAUCCCCAUGAAGAAGUAGAAAAAGAAGAAGAAGAAGAAGAAGAAGAAGAAGAAGAAGAAGAAGAAGAAGAAGAAGAAGAAGAAGAAGAAGAAAGCAAUGAUAGUAACGAAGAUGAGGAUGAUGAAGAUACAGCUCACAAAUCCACUCACAAAAGUGGUCAUCAUCACCAUAGGAAACAUGAUGAUGAAGAAGAGUCUGAUGAAGUACCUCCAAAGGAGAAGGAUAAGCAUAAGUAUGAACGACACAGACAAAAGCGUCAUAAACAUGAGAUCCAUGAAAAAGCCAAAAAGCACCAUGGAGAGGAAAAAGAUGAGGAUGAGGAUGAGGAUGAAGAGGAAGAGGAAGAAGGUGAAGACAAUGAGUAUGAAGCAGGUUCUGUUUGCCACUACUGUGCCUUCUGCAAGCAUUGUGGGGAGUGUGACAAGUGCCCUUGUAAAGAUGGGGACAGCAGUGACUACUGCAUGAGCUGCAAGAAUUGUCAUUUCUGCUACAUUUGUCCUGUCUGCGAGACAGCCUGUGCACCAGGAAGUAUCAUAGAUGAAUUAUCUGGAGCCUUAUUUCAGACAAUCGCUAACAUAUUUGAGCAGCAGGAACACUGAAGCGCCCUCUGCCGGAUAAGCCAAAAUUAGGAGAGAUGAUGACACUGAUUUAGAGCCAAACUGUAAACAAGAGCAAAUAUGUGGCUGUUCUUUUCAGCACUGUUUUCCUCUUCCUCAUCUUUGCAAAAAGCUUAAGGUUGCUUUUGUCUUUGAAGGAAAAAAGCAAAAAAAGGUGGUAGCAAAGCAACUUAAGAUUUGAUACCAAGUGAGCAAGAAAAGGAGAGCUGUAACAAACCAUCUACAUCAUUCAUUUGUUUGCUCCCAAAAUCUACCUUUUGAAAUUGCUUUUGAUUAAAAUAAUAAUAAAAAAAACCUCCUACUGUGAUGAAGACUCAUA